AUGAUCCGUGGUAUUCGCCCCGCUGCCGCCCGUCGCUUCGUCAGCACCGCAAACUCCCAAACAAAGUUCACCACUUUGUCUUCCGGUGUCACCGUUGCAACAGAGACAAACCCUAACGCCCAGAGCUCCACUCUUGGUGUCUACUUUGCAGCUGGCUCCAGAGCUGAAACUCCAUACAACAACGGUGUGGGUGCUUUGACCACCCGUGCUUUGGCUCAGGGUUACGAGAACGGUGUGCUUUUGCUGUCUGCCAACACGAAGGAGUCCAACGCUCUUAUUGCUCAGACCACCAACGCCAAUAUCUCUGCUGCUGCCUCGGCCUUGUCCAAGCUUGUUGUCAACAGGGAGGAGUUGAUUGAGAAGUCCAACUUUGACGCUACCAAGGCUGCUUUGUACGCUGACAUUGACGCUUUGGAGGCCACUCCAUCUGAGAUGGUGUUGGAGCACUUGAACGCUUCUGCUUUCCAGGGCUACUCUCUCGGCUUGCCUACCUUGGGUACCAACGACUCUGUUCCUGACAUUGAAAAGUCCGACUCGGUUCGUUUCUUGGAGAAGAACCUUGUGGGCUCCAACACUGUCAUUGCUGCCUCUGGUAACUUUGAGCACGAUGCUCUUGUGGAGACCUUGGACAAGGAGUUCAAGCUCGCCGAUGGCCCUAAGCCAACCAGAGCCCCAGCUUCUUUCUUGGGUUCUGAGGUCAGAAUGAGAGACGACACCAUCCCUAAGGCUUACAUUUCUAUCGCCGCCCAGGGUGAGGGUCUCUCUUCCCCAGCCUACUUCGUCGCCAAGGUUGGUGCCGCUGUGUUUGGCUCUUUCGACCACACCAAGGCUACUGCCAACUUCACAUCUCCUAAAUUGGCCUCCAUUGUCCAGGACUACCACAUUGUUGACAAGUACUACCACUUCUCCAAGUCUUACUCUGACACCGGUUUGUGGGGUUUCAACGCUGAGAUCUCCAACCUUGGCCAGGUCGAUGACUUUGUCCACUUUGCUUUGAAGCAGUGGAACAGAUUGACUGUCUCUGUUACCGACGCCGAGGUUGCCAGAGCCAAGGCCCAAGUCAAGACUGAGCUUUUGGGCUUGCUCAACUCUCCUACCGCUGUGGUCCACGACAUUGCCUCUAAGGUUUUGUUGAACGGCUACAGAGCUUCUAUCUCUCAGGCCUUGGAGUCCAUUGACUCCAUCCUGACCGCUGACGUCAGAGCUUGGGCCAGCGCUGCCUUGUGGGACAAGGACAUUGUCAUUUCCGGUACUGGUUCUAUCGAGGGCUUGUUGGACUACAGCAGAUCCAGAAACGAUAUGGCCAUGAUGAGAUUCUAA